AUAAAAUAACCAGACCGGAAUUCCAUUUUGACAGCGUUAAAAAGUCGUGAAUGUAUCAUUGUUUUUAACGUUGAAAACUCGUUUCAUUGAACUUUCAUGUGCUUUGUUUAUUUCUGGAAAUGGCAACGCCAAGAGGAGACACAGUGCCAAAACCAAUACAACAAGAUUGGGUAAACAGGGAGUACAUUGAAGUAAUUACAGUCAGUAUAAAAAAAAUCACCGAUUUCCUUAACUCGUUCGAUCUAUCUUGUCGAUCAAAACUUGCAGUGUUGAAUGAAAAGUUAACAACUUUGGAAAGAAAAAUUGACUACUUGGAAGCUUGUGUCACCAAAGGAGAAACGUUGACAUAAGAAAAUAGUGUACACUUUUAUGAAUAUGCUUCAAAAUUACAUAAAGACUGUUUACACGCCUCUUG